CGGCCGGCUCGGAACCGGAAGUGGGGCCUGGGAGUCGCGACGCCGGGAACGCAGCCGGGGCAGGCGCCGGAUCUGGAGCCGGGUGAGGCCAGUUUGGGGAUGCACUCAAGAUGAAUGUCAAUCAGCCAGCUCCCCCUGGGGUGCCGUAUGGACAGCCUCAGCCUGGCUACACUGGGUAUCAGUCCAGCUAUGGUGGGCAGCCAGGACCUAUAAUCCCGCCUAGUCCUUAUGGAGCCUACAAUGGUCCCAUGCCAGGCUAUCAGCAGCUGCCUCCCCCAGGUGUGCCAAGAGCACCACCUUCCUCGGGAACACCCCCAUCCUCUGCUACAGCCCGAGUUCCUAGUGGCCCGUCUGCAUAUGGCCAGUUUGGCCAAGGAGAUGUGCAGAAUGGGCCAAGCUCCACUGUUCAGAUGCAGAGGCCCCCUGUGUCUCAGCCGUUUGUGCCAGCCCCAGUGGCCCCUCUGGUGAACCAGCCAGCUGCAUUUCAGCCAUAUGGCCCUCCCCCAACCAGUGCACAGGUGACCACUCAGAUGGCAGGAAUGCAGAUCAGCGGCCAGGCUGCCCCUCCUCCUUCAGGAUUAGGCUAUGGGCUACCACCUACAUCAAUGGCUUCAGCCUCAGGAAGUUUUCAAGGCUCCAAUCUAUAUGGCUCUUACCCUCAGAACCUGGCUCCACCCACUAGCCUGGCCCAGGCUCAUCCUGGUGCCCAAACCCCACAGCGCUCUGCCCCUAUGCAGGCUUCUGGUUUCCCACCCACAGCAGCAGGGGGCCCCAGGCCUCCUUCACUUGCUGGACCAUCCAUGCCUGGACAGAGCUUUGGGGGGCCCCCAGUAAGCCAGUCCAACCAUGCAUCCUCACCUCCCCCACAAACUCAGCCCCCAAUGCCUGGCCCCCCAGGACCACCACCAGCUAUGCACUCCUCCCAGCCAGGCUAUCAGCUACAACAAAAUGGCUCCUUUGGACCAGUUCGAGGCCCUCAGCCCAGCUAUGGGGGAGCCUACUCUGGAGCACCCACCUUUGCCAGCCCACCUGGCCCUCCUCAGCCACCUCCCCCGAAGCGCUUGGAUCCUGAUUCCAUUCCUAGCCCUAUCCAAGUCAUUGAAGAUGAUAGGAAUAACCGGGGGUCAGAGCCAUUUGUCACUGGAACACGAGGCCAAGUCCCACCCCUGGUUACCACCAACUUUUUAGUGAAAGACCAAGGAAAUGCAAGUCCCCGAUAUAUCCGGUGUACAUCAUAUAAUAUCCCUUGCACAUCUGACAUGGCCAAGCAGGCUCAGGUGCCCCUAGCAGCUGUCAUCAAGCCACUGGCCAAGCUGCCCCCUGAGGAGGCCCCACCGUACGUUGUGGACCAUGGGGAAUCAGGCCCCGUGCGCUGCAAUCGCUGCAAAGCCUACAUGUGCCCCUUCAUGCAGUUCAUUGAAGGUGGGAGGCGCUUCCAGUGCUGCUUUUGCAGCUGUGUUACUGAAGUUCCUCCCCAAUAUUUCCAACACUUGGAUCACACUGGUAAACGUGUGGACUUCUAUGACCGUCCUGAGCUUUCUCUGGGCUCCUAUGAAUUCCUGGCUACUGUGGAUUACUGCAAGAACAACAAGUUCCCUCGUCCCCCUGCCUUCAUCUUCAUGAUUGAUGUCUCCUACAAUGCUGUUAGGAGUGGCCUUGUCAGGCUCCUCUGUGAGGAGCUCAAGUCACUGUUGGACUUCCUGCCCAGGGAGGGAGGGGCAGAGGAGUCGGCCAUUGUGUGCUUUGUCACGUACAACAAAGUGCUGCACUUCUACAAUGUGAAGAGUUCCUUGGCUCAGCCACAGAUGAUGGUGGUAUCUGAUGUGGCUGACAUGUUUGUGCCACUGCUGGAUGGCUUCCUGGUCAACGUCAGUGAGUCCCGAACAGUCAUCACCAGUUUGUUGGACCAGAUUCCAGAAAUGUUUGCAGAUACGAGGGAGACAGAGACAGUGUUUGCCCCCGUGAUUCAGGCUGGAAUGGAGGCCCUGAAGGCUGCCGAGUGUCCAGGGAAGUUGUUUUUGUUCCAUACGUCUUUGCCCAUUGCAGAAGCCCCUGGGAAGCUGAAGAACCGAGAUGACCGGAAGCUGCUUAACACUGACAAGGAGAAGACCCUAUUCCAGCCACAAACAGGCUUCUAUCAGUCCCUGGCCAAGGAGUGUGUGGCUCAGGGCUGCUGUGUGGACCUGUUUCUCUUUCCUAACCAGUAUGUAGAUGUGGCCACCCUUGGGGUAGUACCCUAUCAUACUGGUGGCUCCGUAUACAAGUACGCUUGCUUCCAGGUGGAAAGUGACCAGGAGCGUUUCCUCAGUGACCUACGUCGGGACGUACAGAAGGAUGUUGGCUUCGAUGCUGUGAUGCGAGUCCGGACGAGCACCGGUAUCCGGGCUACCGAUUUCUUUGGAGCCUUCUAUAUGAGCAACACGACAGAUGUCGAGCUGGCAGGUCUGGACGGGGACAAGACAGUGACUGUAGAAUUCAAGCAUGAUGAUCGCCUCAGUGAAGACAGCGGAGCCCUCAUCCAGUGUGCUCUGCUCUACACAAGCUGUGCAGGGCAGCGGAGGCUCCGUAUUCACAACCUGUCACUGAAUUGCUGUACCCAGCUGGCUGACUUAUAUCGGAAUUGUGAGACUGACACGCUCAUUAAUUACCUGGCCAAGUUUGCAUACCGGGGAGUACUGAGCAGUCCCGUGAAGACAGUACGUGAUGCUCUUAUCAGCCAGUGUGCCCAGAUCCUGGCUUGUUACCGAAAGAAUUGUGCCAGCCCAUCUUCUGCUGGACAGCUCAUCCUUCCAGAGUGCAUGAAGCUUCUCCCUGUUUACCUGAAUUGUGUGCUGAAGAGUGAUGUCCUGCAGCCUGGGGCUGAGGUCACCACUGAUGACCGAGCCUACGUUCGGCAGUUGGUCACUUCAAUGGAUGUGGCAGAAACCAAUGUCUUCUUCUAUCCUCGACUCCUACCACUGACAAAGGUUCCAGUGGAAAGCAGUGCCGAACCACCGGCUGUCCGGGCAUCCGAGGAACGCCUCAGCAAGGGAGAUGUGUACUUACUGGAGAAUGGGCUUAACCUUUUCCUCUGGGUUGGGGCCAGUGUGCAGCAAGGUGUUGUCCAGAGCCUCUUCAGCGUCCCUUCCUUCAGCCAGAUUAACAGUGGCCUGAGUGCCCUGCCAGUCCUGGAGAACCCAUUGUCUAAAAGGGUGCGUGACCUCAUUGACAGCUUCCGAGCGCAGAGAUCCCGAUAUAUGAAGCUCAUCGUGGUGAAGCAAGAGGACAAGUUGGAGAUGUUAUUCAAGCACUUCCUGGUGGAGGACAAGAGCCUGAAUGGAGGUGCAUCCUACGUAGACUUUCUGUGUCACAUGCACAAGGAGAUCCGGCAGCUGCUGAGCUAGAGGAAGUGGGUGCGGGGCAGAGGGCUCCAGGCCAGCUCCCCACACGUCCCCAGGACAGCAGGGAAAUCUGGACAGUUGCAUAUAAUAUAAGUCACGUAAGCAGAGAUCCCCUCAGUCUCAGGAGGGUGGGGGAGGGGCUGGGGAGGGUAGCCCCUCUCUGGGUCCAAGUGUCUCAACACUCAACUAUGUCCUGCUGCUGGCAGGUGCUCCUUCUAUCCCCCUCUUUCCUGCUAACCCUGUCAUAAUGAAUGUAGUUUCUCAGUU